CAGCUCUUCUAUCUCUUUUGAAAAAAAUUCCCUGGCUGCUCUUCCUAGCACUUGAUGAUCUACGAAAACAACAGCAUCGAACAGUGCUUACUGAAAUCUUGUAUGUGUGAUGUGUGCAAGAAUAAGAAAUUGGGUCGAGAACAGUAAUCAAAAGGUGCUGCGUAUUUUGGUGAUUUGCGUGAUGUCGUGGGAAUGGAAUGUCGCGAACGCAAAAUUCCCAAAAAUCCGCAACAUUCAUGAAACUUUGCACGUUUUCAUGGGAUAUUUUGAUACCGACGUUCUUAAAUGUCUAGUUUCGCUACUUACCUUCUUCGAAGUAAUGCAUAGAUGCAUUGUACAGUGA